GCCGAGUGGGAGCUGCAGCGCUCCGCGGCGCCCGGCCGCCGGCGGGUGUGAGGCCGGGGCGAGCCGGGGCAUGGCGCGGCGGACGGGCGGCACGGCGGCGGACGAGCUGGCCAACGCCGCCGCCCGCGGCGACCUGCAGCGCCUGAGGGAGCUGCUGGACGGCGCGGCGGACCCCAACGCCGUCAACUCCUACGGCCGGACCCCCAUCCAGGUGAUGAUGCUGGGCAGCCCGCGGGUGGCCGAGCUGCUGCUGCAGCGCGGAGCCGACCCCAACCGCCCCGACCCGCGCACCGGCUGCCUCCCGGCGCACGACGCGGCCCGCGCCGGCUUCCUGGAGACGCUGGCGGCGCUGCACCGCGCCGGGGCGCGCCUCGACCUGCCCGACGGCCGCGGCCGCCUCCCCCUCGACGUGGCGGCGGGGGGCCCGUACGGACCGGUCGGCCGGUACCUGCGCCACCCGCCGCCCCGCGCCUAG